AUGGAGCCGGCCGGGCCCUGCGGUUUUUGCCCGGCUGAAGAGGCCCAGCCAGCGCGGUACACCUGCCCUCGCUGCAAUGUGCCCUACUGCUCCCUGCGCUGCUACCGGGCGCACGGCACCUGCGCCGAAGCCUUCUACCGGGACCAGGUGUUGGGUGAGCUCCGCGGACGCAGCGCCUCCCCCAGCCGCCUAGCAGGCGCCCUGCGCCGGCUGCGCCGCCAACGAGAGACCGAGGACAUGCCUGGGGAGGCAGGCCUCAGCCCUGGUCCGGCGCCUGGCGCUGUCUCAGGACUCUGGGAACGGUUGACGCCGGCCGAGAAAGCAGCCUUCGAGCGAUUGCUGAGCCGCGGGGAGGCGGGGCGGCUGCUGCCCCCGUGGCGGCCCUGGUGGUGGGGCCGCGGGAUCGGGCAGCGGCUUCUGGAGGAGCUAGAUGGCGGGGAUCUUGCAGAGCCGGCGAAGGACGCCGCCGCCACCGAGGAGCCGGUUACCGGAGACCCGGCUCGUGCGCCGGCCGUACCCACCUGCAUCCCCACGCUGACCAGCCUGAGCUCCGGCCCAGUCUCGCCGCUCGUGCGCUUCCAGCUGCCCAACGUGCUAUUCGCCUACGCGCACACCCUAGCCCUCUACCACGGCGGGGACGACAUGCUGCUGUCCGACUUCUGUUCCACGCUGCUCGGCGUCUCCGGAGCGCUGGGCGCCCAGCAAGUCUUCACCUCCUCGGAGGAAGCCCUACAGGCCGCAGCCCACGUGCUGGAAGCGGGUGAGCACCCUCCAGGGCCUCUGGGCACACGGGGUGCGAUGCAGGAGGCCGCCCGAAUUCUGCAGGGCGAAGGUCCGGCCGACCGAAAAGGCUACACGCUGGCAUCGCUGGGGCACCUAGUACAGACCCUGGGCCGGGCCCGCAAACAGGCUGUGCCUGGGGAAGAGCGAGAGCGCCUGUACCGGGCCCGGAAGAAGUGCCAGUUCCUACUGGCCUGGACCAACGAAAAUGAGGCGGCCCUUGUGCCCCUGGCCCUAGACUGCACCAUGGCCCAUCGAGCCCAUGCUGUGGCAGCCGAGGAGGUGGCAGCCCUCACUGGGGAGCUGGAACGGCUUUGGGGAGGCCCUGUGCCACCUGCCCCAAAGACUCUCAUUGAGGAGCUUCCUGGCUGAGGGGGGACCUUGGCAUUAAUAAAGCUGUGACUGGUUUGCCCACUG